CUUCUAGCUUUGCAAUCAUUCGUCAGUGAGUCACAUGCUUGCUCAGAUGUCAGCCACUCAAUUUACUUAUCACCAGCAUAAUUAUUCAGGUGUAUAUAUCUGGCAGCCAAAAGUGAAAUUGCAGUAUCAAAUUUAAGUAUUCCAUUAUAAAGAUCAUACAUCAUACUGUAUGAAAUGGAGGGUAUAUCUACAUUGAUACGCCAUGACAAAGUAAGUGUGUGGCAGUGGCACACUGGCUGGAUGAUUUUGUCAGUAAGUGACAGCUCUUUUCCGGAACAGAGUUUAAAGCAAAAAAGCUAACAACACAGGAUCACGGGACUGCAAUUCUUUUUUGUCAUCUUUCUCUCUUAUUCUCUUCGUGCCAUUAAGAUAAAGAAUGCUCCACAGUGAAAACAGCACUAGCCUCUCUCUUCUCUCACUUUCGGAAUUAACCCAAGAGUGUAUACAGUCCAAAAGAAGAGACGGAGGAAAGAUAAGGGAAAAGUUUGCAUCAUCUCUUUAACUCAGCUACUCUACUUACCAUCAUCAGUUAGAUCUGAUUUUCAAAGACAAUAAAGAAUGAAUAUUACAGAAAUAUUUUCUCCUCCGAAUGAAGAAGAUUCGGACGAUGGUUUUCGAUUUGACAAGUCUCUGCAGGAACUCAGAGAUUUGCGGUCUCAGCUUCAUUACGCUGCAGAUUACUGCGAAACAACAUUCUUGAACUCUGAAGAGAAGAAAGCUGUGGUGGAAAACACAAAAGAGUACAUAUGCAAGGCUGUUGUUACCUUUGUUGAUCAUCUGGGGAACGUCUCUGCUAAUCUAAAUCACUGCAUUUCCAAGACAAAUGCAUUUUCUGAGGCUGAGCUCCGCAUCAACUGCCUAAAACAAAGACUUCUCUCAUGCGAACAAUUUGCUCACAAGCUUGCUCUGGCCAGAGUUCAGUGGAACCCAAAUUUGCCUAGACAUCACCGGCGUUAUUUGUCUGCAUCAACAAUAGCAACUGUUGAGAAAUCGAAUGAAGACUCAAGGUCAAGGGUUUCUAUUGCUCCAAGUCCUGCAAGACUCGUACACAAGCAUGAGCCUGACAUUGAAGGAGUGCCACUUUUCUUCUUUACCUGUACAGGCAAUCCUGCAUUAUCUAAGAGUCCAUUGCUGAGAUCUAAUUUCGACGAAUAUGACUCUGAUUCAGCAUUGGUGCCUGUUCGUGAUGGACUCUCGAUACUAUCAAAGGAUUCAAAUCUUACCUUUCAUUUCCAGCAAGGAAAUAAAAAACUUGGACGGAAAAGCUUCUAUAGAAAAACAUUUCAGAGUGCUGAAUCUUUCAUUCGACGGGCAAGAAAAUCAGCAGUAUGAGAAAAAUUUGAAAGGGAUUAAUCCAUGUGUUUCUUUUGAUACCGUUUUUAUUUUGUGCUAAUCUCUUGGUGAGUUAUAACUCAUUGCUAGUUUUAGGUGGAGAGAUGCUGAAUUUUUCUAAAUUUAGAGGGCUAGUACUAUUGUAAUAUAUUAAUUCAAGGUUGCAGAUGACACAGAAAUGUCUUGAUUACUUGUUGACAUCUUUCAUGUACGCUUUUGCUAGCAAAUGCUAAGCAAAAUUGGGUUAGUUUUUUA